GUGUUGACGUCCUGUCUCUGCAGGUGGCGGUGGUCCUGAGGGCGAUGUCCCGGGAGGCAGUCCGUCAGAUCUACAGAGUCUUCAGAGAACUCUUCGUCUCCAUGGUAACAGAGAACAGAGCUCUGGAGGACAAAGUGAGACAUUUGGAGUCUGAACUGAGGACAAGGGACGAGACGGACAGGACAAAGACACUCUACAGGAUCAAAUCAUCAGAUGGCCCCGCCCUCUCUCUGGAUAUCAGCCAACCAGCUGCUGACCCCACGGCGCUCGCCAUGGCUAUCCUGAACUCUGCCACGUCUCGCCGCAGAGUGGGAGGCGACCUUCAGGUUCCUCUGGUCAUCAUCAGCCAGCCUCUCCCUGGACCAAUCACAGGUCGGGACAGCCCCGUCUCCCUGACAACGCCGCAGAUAAGCGAUCAGACCACUGUGAAUGCCGCUCAGAUCGAGGUGGUGUUAGAACCUGACGAAUCACCGGGAGAUGUGACAUCACUUCCUGUGGCUCAUGAUCAGCCAACCAGUUAUCCCACAGCUGGUGAAGACCCGCCCACUCCAGAGGAGGGGGAGGAGCCAGCUGAUGAUGAAACGGACGUCAAAAUGGAAACUGUUCAACCGACACUGACUGAUGGGCGAGCAGCUGAGACGACAGGUGUGUCAGUAGCUGUGAGCGAGGAAGAGCAGAAGGAGCAGGAGCGGAGGAGGCGCAGGGAGCUGUACAAGGAGAAGCGUUUCUUCUGCGAGCUGUGUAACAAAGGCUUCCACCAGCAGCACCAGCUAAGAAAACACGUGUCGUGCCACCUGAAGCCGUUCCCCUGCAGUUCCUGCGACAAAGGUUUCUACAAGGCACGCUCGCUGCAGCGGCACCAGCUGAGCCACCGGCUGCAGGAGGCGCAGGACGGCGACCCCGACGGGCUGCUGCCCUGCGACCAGUGCGACAGGAAGUUCAGGCUGCCGCGCCAGCUGCGAGUGCACAAGGCCUCCCAUCGGCUAGAGAAGUCGCCGCUCCGCUGCCGCUUCUGUGAGCGCACCUUUACCUCGGCCGGCGCGCUGCGGUACCACGAGGUGUCGCAUGCUCAGGUCAAGCCCUUCAUGUGUGAUGUCUGCGGGAAAGGCUUCACCCGCAAGAAGAGCCUCCGUGAGCACCAGACCGUCCAUACUGGCGCCCGGCCGUAUGCCUGCCUCACCUGUGGCAAGACCUUCUCCACCGCCAGCAACCUGCGUGUCCACAAAAGGUCGCACUCGGAUGAGCGGCCCUACAAGUGCUGCGAGUGCGACAAGGCCUUCAAAUGCAAGAUGGGCCUGCUGCAGCACCGAGUCGUCCAUUCGGGAGAGAAACCCUUCAUGUGCCAGACCUGCGGACUGAGCUUCGGCCUCAAGUACAACUUCCAAAGACACCUGCGGCUCCACAACGGAGAGAAACCCUUCAGGUGUGAUAAAUGUGGCGAGGGAUUUUCAGGGACGUGGGCUCUGAAGACUCACAUGCUGGUUCACGGCGUGGAGAAGCCGUUCAUGUGCGACUUCUGCGGGAAGACGUUUUUCUACAACUGUCAGCUGCAGAAGCACCAGCAGCUGGUGCACGACGGUGGCAGGGAGCGCCAGGUGGCGGCAGGCGAGGCUGUGGGAGGAGUUGUGUGCAGACGGCGGCGAGGCACGGCAAAGCCGUACAGCUGUAAGGUUUGUCUUAAGAGCUUCAGCAGCAGCAGCACGCUGAGGACACACGAGAAGAGCCACGCCGAGAACAAAGAGUUCACCUGUGACACCUGCGGGAAGUCCUUCCACCUGCGCCACCUGUUCGUGUACCACCUGAGGCAGCACAGCGGCACCCGGCCACACGUCUGCGGCGUCUGCGACAAAGGCUUCCUGGUGGCUUCGCAGCUGAAGCAGCACGAGCUGCUGCACACUGGAGUCAAACCGCACAAGUGCGAGCAGUGCGGCAAAGAGUUCCGCACGCCGCAGAACUACCACCGCCACCUACUGGUGCACAGCGGCGAGAAGCCAUACGAGUGCGGCGUGUGCAGCAGGAAGUUCAGGCAGUCCAACCAGCUCAAGUCUCACAUGCAGAUCCACACCGGCGUCAAGCUGUACGCCUGCCAGCGCUGCGGCCAUGGCUUCUCUGACUCCCGGCAGCUGAAGAAACAUUGCUGCGGAGACGAGCUGCAGAGCGCAGAGGCCGCCAGCCGGCGCAGGAAGCAGAAGGGCGUUUUCCCGUGGAGCGAGGGCUUCACCAAUGAGUGACAUCAUCAGCACUCCUCUGAGUUAGCCUAGCUUAGCAUAAAGACUGCAAACAACUAGCUUAGCGUAGCAUAAAACACACAGACCAAUCAGCUGUCGAGUGAUGAUGAUCUGUGAUGUCAUCUGACUCCACAGAGCGCCGCAGCAGUGAACUGAAAACACGGAGAUCAAAUGUCCCUCCAAAGAAUUUCUGUUUUUUAUUUUUAACCCAGAAAAACAAAAAUCUGCGAAGAAUGAGUCUGUUUGUAGUUUGAGUUUCUGUUUGAGCAGCAAACAAAAGUUUCUGUUGCACCUCGUCUCUGACGGAUUAAAGGACGUUUUCACCCAGA